AUGUAUUGCGAAACAGCCCACGGAACUUCUUCCUUCUAUACAGGUGGGAUUGCACUGCAUAUGUCGCCUGUCGAUAGCGAUCAGGCGGGGACUGCGCAGUGGGACCCAAGCUCGAUGCCUCUCGUAGACGACAUCCCCCUCCUGUCGCCCGAUUCGCCAAACGGCCGAAUCUCGGCACCGGAUGACCUUUUGUCCUUUCCCUCCGCAUCAUUCAAGUUGGACUCUUCGCCGUCUGCGUCCGAUCUCUCCGUUCAAGAUCCCCACUCCGCCUCCGCCCUCACAGAAGUACAUGACCUGCCCUGCAACGAGCCUCCUGCGAAGGUCAAAGCGCGCCGCUCGCAAAACCGACAAGCCCAACGCCGGUUUCGUGAACGAAAGCAACAACAAGAGACCAGCCUCCUCACCCGCCUCCAAGAACUUCAGUCUAAGAAUGAUGAGUUAUCCUUGUUAAUAACCAGCCUCAAACAAGCGAACUGUGUUCUUGAGAGUGAUAAAGCCCGCGUAUAUCAAGAAGUUGAGCUACUGCGCAAAUGGCGUCGCAAACUCUUUGGCCUCAUGUCUAAACUUGUGCAAGAGGAUGAGAUGGCAAAUGACCAGUUAACAACAAUUUCAAGGAGUUGCUCGAAUACAUGCUGGCGGAGAGGGAAUGAGUAUUUGCGGUUAAUGGUUACAAUGCAGACAUUGCUUUCGUUGUUUGACGAUUUGCAGCUCGCGUCCGGGGGAGGCUGA